GUUUCCACGGUGGCCUCUGUAGUACCCGUGUAGGCGAUGACCUUUUUAGCCCACAAAGCUGCUGCUUCUUCGUUGUCUUCCUCCAAACAGAGCCCGGCCAACGAGCCCAUCGCACAGAUGUUGCCAUGUUUUGCAGCAAAUGUCAGAUAAUCAACAGCGAGUGGAAGGUUUACUGUAGUGCCCAGUCCGCACCAGUGCAGAAAUCCAGCUUCGAAUGCUCCUUCGGGAGAACCCUAUAAAUGACGCUGCUUUAUGUAAGCAGCGUAAGGACUGCACUUAGCUUAGUACGCUUGCAUAAAAGAAGUAGGCUUUUUUGAACAUUCAUGUUGACCUUAUUUGCCGCCUCUUCAUACCACUGCAGACUGCUUUCCCAUUGGCUGGUGCGGGCGUAAUAUCGACCUAACAUCAUCUGGCAGCGAAUACCCGCAGCAUUCAUCAACGGACACGAAUGACCUACUGAGAUAAAACAUCUUUCAACAACGUUUCGAUGUCUGUUACAAAUCCGAAAUACCAGCCUCAUCAUAGUGGAGAAAAUCCGUCAUAUUAUAACAGCACUCCGCUCCCUUGAUCCACCAUUUAGCCGCCUUGCUCGCAUCCUGACCUUUAACGCCGCCUAUCCACAAAGCCAUUCCCAAGUGGUAGCCAGCAAGCUGGCCGUAAUACAGUGCUGCAUUGUGCUCGCAGGGAUCGACAGUUUUGGGGAUGCGGCGGAGAAUGUCCUCUAGCAAUUGUAGAGCGUUGCGCUCGUCUUUCAUGGUCCCGAUGCCUUGCUGCAGCAUCACACUUUGGCAGUACUGAGCAGUCCAGUAAGGAAAGCAUCGUACGGAUUGCAACCAGUAUCUUUGCGCUACACUAAGAGGAUUAUCGGAUUUUGAGAAAGAAUGCAUCCUCUACAAUCCAGUGGAUCGCACGGGUAUGAUGAUCGCGCUGUUGUUUCUCCCAAGAAACCGUUCGAGAUCAACAGCGAAGAAUCUAAAGAAGUUCCAGUUCCGUGUGGCAACUGUGGACGCAGCUUUUCUGCAGAAAAUCUCGAACGGCACAAGCCAAUAUGUGAGCGGCUUAGUCAAAAGCCGAGACGUGAAGCUUUCAAAGCUAUCGUCCAGCGUUUGUCCCACGUGGCACAAGAGAGCGCUGUACAAACCAUCAUUCACGAGGCGCUGGUCAAUAAGCCAACUCCAGCGCCUAAAGUAGCCAGUCCACCACUUGUGCCUGCAAAACCUAAAGGUCACAUGGUUCGUACUGGCAAUGCGGGAGCGGACCUGUUUCUAGAGCAGCAGAAAGGUCUGCGACGGUGUUCGGGCUGCGAGCGCUCCUUCCGCACCGAAGCCUACGAACGGCACGUUCCAUUCUGCGAACGACAUCAUUCACAGAUCUCUCGUCAUAAUCCAGCCGCGGAUCCCAAGCUCGACCUUCUGAAACGUCGUAUGAAGUACCGACCACCGAAACCAAAAAGCGGUUCCAAAGAACGGACGUUGGCUGCCCGGAAAACACAGAGCUCGGUGGAUACCGGCUCGCGCAAUCUGCAAAACAUGAUGAUGACGAAGAGCCGCUCUACUAUGCUGUCCACAUACACAUCUGUCUCGGAGAAGGUCAAAACAAAGAAUCCAGGGAAAGAACAACAUGGAGAGUUUGAAGGGAAGGUGACGGCGCUGAUUACGAGCGCCGUAACAAAGACAAAGUCGUUAAUGCCGGAAAAGCAGCGCCCACCUGGUCACAUGUCUUUUACAAACCACAGUCAAAAACAGAAUGACGUCGUUCAUCCUGUGCUGCAACCUGCGGGCGAUGCUUCCAGAACCAGGAUAAUUUCGUCUCCCGUAGUCCGCUGCGAAAAAGAACUCCCGCAGUUUGCGUCAGCGCGGAAAGACCGGGACGAAACUGUGAGCCGCAAAGGGAUGGAUUUUUUCCUACGCCCGGCUGUUAGCACAGAGGGCAUGGCAUGGGACGACGAAAGAUUUUUUCAACGGAACGCUGGAACGUAUUGCUUGCCGCCUAUGGACAAACGUCCCUGUGUCCGAUUGACGGAUAUCAUUCCAACUUAUUCAGUACAAAUGAGAGUGUGAUUCGAUGAAGGGACACUUGGACAAUAUCUGAGUUCAGCCGGGAUCUUGGAGGCAGGAAUGCACUGAAACCCUGCGUGAGGCACCGGUGUAAGUGCUUAUUCAUUGUACUACCGCUGACCGUCUCUGGAUGUGCUUUUUGUACCAGAGUCGCGGCUCUACCGGCACCAGCGUCUGUGCACAGGAGCUGGAGCGGAUAAUUACCAAACAAAAAGCGUGUAACACAGUUUCGAGACGCUUAAUCGAAUGGCGUUAGCAGUUUUUCGGUUAAUUUUUUGGUUUGUUCUGACCAGAUCGUACGGGGUUUUCCGUUGUAAAUUGUAAUAUAGAUCUUUUCCUUGAUAUUAUUAAGAUUUAACGAAUUAAUCACCAAAAUGUGGAUACAAAAUCUAUAGAAUUUUAUUAGUAAUCCCUCCGUUUAACCAAAAAUUUGUUGCUACGCUACUACUACUUGUUCGCUGAAAUUGUCAUGUGGCUGCGAUUUUGGCGUAAUAAAUAAAAACAAAUGAUAUAAUUAGGCAAAAGCGUUUUUCUGGUUUAUGAAUGGCUUAGUAACAACGUGAACCCCCGUUCCGCUAAUAUUGCUGCUUAUUUGGCAAGCAGAAACAGCUGACAAAACAUCUGGAUGAUGGCAUUCGUUACUUUGUAAACGCUGCUCUUUUUAAUUGGAGCUGGUCUUUUAUGGAUCCGAUUUUUAAUGAUUUUACCGAUUUUUAAUGAUUUUUUACCGAUUACCGAUUACCGAUUUUUAAUGAUUUUUUUGCGAAGCUGUGCGCUACGCACUCCAGUUUCAACACGAAUGCAUGCAGUUCCUUAUGGGUAGACAGCGUAGCUAGACUCAUCGUUACUGGAAUUCCUGAACCAACCCAACCCGUUUCCGUGUGAAGGAUGAGCGGAAGGUAUUGCGGCGACCUCUCGUCGCUGAUGGACGACUGUCAGGGGGCCGGUCUUAUGCAGCUGGAAGUGUACUACAAGGACCUGGAGUGCGAACUCGAGAAGGCCCUCAAGGAGCGGUUGGGGGUCAUCACGCAUCUGCGGGAGAUGGACGAUGAGAUGGCCCGCAUCGACGGCGAGAGCGCCGUUCUCGUGCAAGAAAUAGAGCAAAUGAAGUCUAGCCUAACUGACGUCGAGGACAUCAUCGAGAAAUUAAAAGAACGCUCCAGUGAGAUGGCGCUGCAAGCCGACCGGGCGCGGGCCCAGUUGGCCGAUCGUCGCCAGAAAGAGACGGCCAUGCAGUUCAUGGAGGGGGAGAACCGUAUCAAUCGGCUCAAAGGCGCGCUCAUCGAUCUAUACGCUGAACAGUUGGUUCUUAAAGCGGGCUUUCUCACCUUCGCCGCCUCACUGAAAGGUGUAUCACGCAAAGCCCGCAUUACACGGGAAAUCAACGAACAGACCAAGCAGUACAUCAAGGAUUUCCCCAUACUGAAGGCGGAGAUUUUUGAACUGCGGGAACGUAUCACUACUUUCAAAACGGCCACCGCGGAGUUGACGGUGACCUUGCGCGACAAAUUCGAAGCGGAACGCCAGCAGACGUACGCCACGGCCAGGGAGCACAAGUAUCUCUGCCAGCUGUACGAUGAGGAAGCAAAAAUACUGGACCGGUUGGACGCCGAUCUCAAGUUGCAACUAGACUCCGCGACAGAGAUUGCUAGCAAAUUGACCAUGGAAAUGAUGGAGAAUGAAACUUAUUUUAAAUCCCUGCAGAGCCGGCUGCAAGCCGCUCUGGACCGCGAAAGUAAGAACACCUUGGCCUCGAAAUUUCGUAAACGUCGGUCCUUUGCGGACAUAUUGCCGGGCCACAAGGGUUCCACCACCGGGGGCACCUCCCUGGGCGGCGAUACAGGUUUCUUCGCCAGCAUCAGGAAGACGUGCGUCAAGUGCUCCGUCCCGGUAGGCACCAGCAACUGCCCAGGCUGUUCCACCACCGCGUCCAUACCGGCGGCCGCCCGGAAGAACCUCAUCCAGCCCAAACCGGACUGUGAUCAGAAGCGUGCCGCCAUGAAAGCCCAGGUUAAAUAUCUGGAGCACAAGAUCCACCAGUUGGAGAUGGAAGUGUACAUUUCCAAGAUGAACGUGGAGAUCCAGAUGCUGCAGACGUCUUUGAAGAUCGAGCUGUGGAAGAAAUCGGGACAAGUACCGCCCAGUGUGCAGUUAUCGGGAAUGCUGGAUUAAACAACGGAUUGCUUAAGCUUGUAUUGCACCAUCGUCUAACCGGCUGACGGCCAGUUUUGAGGGAAGAGCUCCUCAAAUGCGAGAUCAGCAAAAAGUUGCAAGCGCACGCCUUGAUGAAUAAGGAGCGGGAUUUAUGGAGUAAAGGAGCCUUGCCUCCCAGUUAGUAAACAGCAGAGAUCAACGUUUUUUCAUCGGCAACCUCGGCUUACUUUCAGAGAUCAGACUGUUUCAACAAAGUCGGCCGUCAAUUUUCAUCGCUUACUACAGUGGUCCGGCUAAAUAUGUGCUGGCAAAAAUCAUGGCCAACUGCGUUUGGUGUUUUAUGAUCUUUUUACACGAUCACACGCCUUGCAUUAAUGUUUAAUUCGUCCUCUUCACGGCUGUUUGUAAGCGGAAAGCCGACCAAAUCUUAUUUCCAAGACAAUAAUUAAUAUUUCACUCAGAUUUUAGGCUAACAAUAAAUGAACUCGACCUACUUUAAGUAAUACCAUUACUGUUUGAUCGAGACUGAAGAAUAUAGUAAAACAAGUUUCGCAUG